UUUUCGAUCUUUUUAGUAUGCAAUCGGUGGGUGUUACUAGUUGUAACUGUCACUGUUUGGAUGUUGGAUUGGAUACAUGCAUGAAACUUUGCUUAAUGGGUAUUUUUACACAAUGGUCAUUGAUUGUUUUCAAUGGUUAUUGGGGGGUUUUGACUUAAAGACUACUAUAGAAGCAAUGGUGGUGAAAUGGACCUUUAUGAUUAUGAUAUGAUUUAUUUUGUUUCUCACUCCCGACCAUUUUUAUUGCAAUAUUAUUGUUGCAACUUGGGGACUACUUAACUAUUUGUUUGUUCAUAUUAGAUUGGAACAUCAAACAAUAGUUACUGUUUUUCCGUACUCACUAAAUUAAGUUUUUUUUUUUUUUUUUUCCUCCUCACCCUUUUGAGUUUCAGGGUAGUUUUUGGGAAAGAUCUGUUGUAACAAGGAAAAACUACAGAUUGACAAGGCUAGAACAGUAUAUGAAUUAUGAGACAUCCUUUCAAGAGGCAAACUGUAGAUAAACUUGCUUAUUUUUGCUUAGUUUAUAUGUUCAUAGUUAAUGAAUUAGAAAUUAUUAUUCUUUGAUGCUGAUUAUGUUGAUUCUAUUUGUCUACUUAUUUAAUUUUUCAAGUAAUGCAAACAAAUGGAAAUAGGUAAGAACGCAGAUGCUUUCCAAAAGACAAGGUUGGUGAAGUCAAGAAUCCUCCAUAUUCCAGGUUUGUGGUAUUGUGAAUAGUGUUUUUUAUUUCUAUAAUUUGUAAAUUUUCUCCCCUAGUGGAUUUAAAGGAAAGAAGGUUGCUCUAUAAUGCUUAGUUUUGAGCUAUUGUUGCCAUGAAUUAGAGGUCAUACCAUACAUGGUCACUGUGGAUCACAUUUGGGUUGGAAUUUGAAGGGGAGGUCAGAUGGUUGCAGUAGUGAGACUGGUGGCAGUCAUGGAGGUGGAGGAGAUAGGGGUUUGUGAGGGGAUCACAAUUGUUGUUGUGGACCAAGAGAUGCUGGUCAUGGAAAACAAGUGGUAAGCUUAGGGAUGACUGGGGGAGGAUAGUGGUAGCUGCUGCUGGUGGAGAAAUGGGCCAGCGAGCCUUUUCAUGUGGCUGAUUUAAUAUACUGUUUAUUACUUUUGUUUGUGCAAUGUGUUUUCUUUUUUUUAUUUUGAAGGCAAGGUGACCCCCCUUUUUUGCUUUUAAAUAAAUUUCAUUAACAUUUUCUUCCUUUCAUGUCGUCUUUGCCUAUGUAGACCAGUUUAUUGUAUGAGAAAAGAAGAUUUGUUGCCUACUCUGCAUUUCUCUGGCUUAAGAUCACUCCAUUGCAUAAACAAGAGAAGUCUGCUCUGCAUUUCUCUGGUUGAAGUAUCCCUGCUUCCACUUCUACGGCAAAUAAUGAGACAGAUAGAGUUGCAUUGCUCGCCUUCAAGGCUGCAAUUGUUGAAGACCCAUUUGGUGCCCUCUCUUCCUGGAAUCAUUCACUCCACUUCUGUCUCUGGAACGGCAUUUUGUGUAGUCGCCGACAUCCUGAUAGAGUUAUUGGGCUAAACCUAACGUCCCAAGGCCUGGUUGGAUUGCUCUCACCUCAUAUAGGAAACCUCUCCUUUCUCAAAAGUAUCAUUCUUCACAACAAUAGCUUCCACGGCCCAAUCCCACAGGAGAUGGGUCGCUUGUUUGGGCUACAAACAAUAGAAUUCAGCUACAAUUUGCUGGGCGGUGGAAUACCCAACAACCUUUCUCGCUGCUCAAGACUUGAAUGGCUCAACUUCACCCACAACAACCUAACCGGAAACAUUCCCGCCGAGUUUGGCUAUUUAUCAAGGCUUCGAACAUUAGCCUUGAAUACAAACAAGCUUUCAGGUACAAUCCCUCCUUUCAUUGGAAACCUCUCAUCUCUUUCCAUUCUCUCUUUAGGGGAAUGUAAUUUGCAUGGGAAGAUUCCGGCGGAAAUUGCUAGGCUUCAAGGCCUGAUAGGUGUCUGGUUAAGGUGGAAUAACCUAUUUGGCAAGGUUCCAUCUGGCCUUUACAAUAUCUCCAACAUCAUUUUGUUGUCAGUAAGUUUUAACCAACUUGAAGGAAAUAUUCCUCCUGAUAUAGGCUCCACACUUCCUAAUCUUAAGUUUCUUUAUUUUUCGAGAAAUUUGUUUACUGGAACACUUCCUACUUCACUGUCAAACGCUUCAGAACUUGAAGAUAUAUUCUUCGGUGCAAACGAUUUCAGCGGAACAAUGCCGAGAGAUAUCGGAAAACUUCUGGGUCUUCGAAGGAUAGUUGUUUAUCAAAAUCAGUUGCAGGAUGACCUCACUUUUAUUUCAUCUCUAACAAAUUGCACCAGUUUAAAAGCUAUUGUUGCACGUAACAAUCUUUUUAGAGGAUCAUUGCCUGACUCCAUAGCUAAUCUCUCCACGUAUCUUGGCUGGAUAGAUAUGAGGUUUAAUCAAAUACAUGGAAGCAUUCCUUCGGGCAUCGGGAACCUCCUCAACCUCACUCUCUUAUCUAUGGCACUAAACAAUCUUGUUGGCCCUAUUCCUUCCUCCAUCGGCGGACUUCAUAAGCUGCAAGUUCUGAUACUAGACCGGAACAAAUUCACGGAAGUUCCAUCUUCGAUUGGUAAUUUGACUUCGUUGAUUACUCUCAACUUGGGAGAAAACAACAUCCAUGGAGGCAUACCUCCCACUUUGGGCAAUUGUCAUAGCUUGUUGGAAUUAGACCUUUAUAAAAAUAAUUUCAAUGGUUCAAUACCCCUUGAAAUUAUGAGUCUCUCCUCCAUUUCAACAUCCCUCACGUUAGAUCACAAUGCACUAACCGGUUUUCUUCCAUCAGAAAUCGGGUUUUUGAAAAACCUUGCAAACAUGGAUGUGUCCUAUAAUAAAUUAUCAGGACCCAUACCAAACACUCUAAGCAAUUGUUUGAGUCUGGAAUGGCUUCACUUGGAGGCUAAUUCAUUCGAGGGAGAGAUACCUCAAAGUUUAAGAUUGAUAAGGGGUUUAAGAGUAUUGGAUCUUUCGCAUAACAAUUUGUCGGGGCUGAUCCCAAGUUAUCUAGGUGAGCUUCAACUAGAUAUGUUGAAUUUGUCUUUUAAUAUGCUACAUGGACAAGUUCCCAUACAAGGAGUGUUUCAAAAUUCAAGUGCAAUUUCAAUUGUUGGAAAUAAUGAGCUAUGUGGAGGUAUUGCAAAAUUAGACCUUCCUCCUUGUCCCUCAUUCAAAUCAAGCAAGAAUAAGCUUUCUCACAGGACGAAAAUGAUUCUACUGGUGGUUGGUCUUGUGAUAUUUUUAUCUUUGUUUGUUAGCUUCUUCAUAUUUCUUCAACGGCAUCAUUUUUCAAAAAAGAAGGCCUCUUCCACUCCAUCAAUCAAACAUCAAUUUUUGAGGGUUUCUUAUGCAGAGCUUCUCAAAGCCACCAAUGGAUUCUCAGAAGCUAAUUUAAUUGGUGUUGGGAGCUAUGCUUCAGUUUUCAAAGGGAUUCUUGAUCAAGUUCAGAUGGUUGUGGCAGUGAAAGUGCUCAAUCUUCAGACCAGAGGAGCUUCUAAGAGCUUCAUGUCAGAAUGCAAGGCACUAAGAGCCAUAAGGCACCGAAAUCUAUUGAAAAUUUUGACCAUUUGUUCCAGUGUGGAUUUCCAUGGUAAUGAAUUCAAAGCUCUGGUAUAUGAAUUUAUGGCCAAUGGAAACUUGGGCAAUUGGUUGCAUCAAGUCGGAGUUGGAGACCAUGAGCAGCUAGAAGAACGUAGAAAUCUUAAACUAAUCCAAAGGCUCGACAUUUCUACUGAUAUUGCCUCUGCAUUACAAUAUCUUCAUUGUGGUUGUGAGUCGACAAUUAUUCAUGGUGAUCUAAAGCCAAGUAAUGUUCUUUUGGAUGAUGAGAUGAUGGCUCAUAUUGGAGAUUUUGGGUUAGCAAAAAUUAUUUCUACUGUUUCAAGUGAUGUGGCACAAGUUCAAAGCAAUUCAGUUGCGAUAAGGGGAACCAUAGGCUAUGUUGCUCCAGAGUAUGGCAUGGGUGACCUGGCUUCCACACUAGGGGAUGUAUAUAGCUUUGGGAUUCUUUUAUUGGAGAUAUUUACAGGUAAGAAACCAACUGACGAAAUGUUUAAGGAUCAUCUAAAUCUUCAUAACUUCGUUAAAAAUGCUUUGCCUGAUCGAGUGAUGGAGAUUGUGGAUCCCUUUAUUCUAUUGGAGCAUAACAGAAGAAGUUGGAUUAAAGACUGCAUAGUUUCCAUUUUGAGAAUUGGGAUUGUAUGUUCAAUGGAAUCACCAACAAAUCGAAUGGAAAUGGGGAGUGUUAUUAGCCAAUUGCGUGAGAUCAAAAAUACAUACAUGAAUGAAGGGUUGAACCAAGACUAGGAAGUUGGAAGAGAUUUUGCAACAUAAAAGGCAAAGCAAGUGGACCAAAGCAUGUUUAAUCUUUUGCUGAUCAAGGUUACGUCCAAGGUCCUCAAUUAUCAUUUUGUUGGUGAUGGUGGCUUUGUGCUAUUGUUGCCUCAUUGAUGAGUGUUCACAUGAUCGUUCAUCAUCUUCAUCAGCUUUAUUCUAGCACUUGAAUAAAUAAUUGUCACUUUUUUCAUUUGUUUAGAUUGUAUUAUAUAAAAAAUGUGUUUAUGUGAGAUAUUUCCAACUAAGAUUGUGUGCUAGAAUUGCCAUUUAUCCUUUUUUAAAAUUAUCAGUUUGUUGUAUCUUUUCCUUUGAAUUGCAUGUGCAUAUAGUUCCUGCUCUUUAGUCAUUGUCAAAUUGUUGUUCAAAAUUGACGUUUAUGUUCCGUUUGUUUUUGCAGAAAGUGUUAUCUAUAGAAAAUGUUUUACUAUAUUUGGUUGUGACUUUGAAAUUGAUAGGUUAGAAGAGAGAUCAAAUUGAUUUGUUUGGAUCUUUGUUUGUGUUUGGGGAUAAAAGAUUGUUUUCUUAGAUUGUGGGAAGGUAGUUAU